AUGACUGUGCCGGUGGUCCUCCGGAUCUUUUUCACCUCAUUUACGUUGCUGGUCCUGGCGGAUGGUUCGACUGGGGCUUGGCACAAGCCCUGGGCAACCCACCACGGCUGUGCCAGCAUCAUCCGGCGUUUCGAUUGGCAACAGAACACGUCUGAGCCCCAGUAUCGGCGAUUCCAUGCUUGCAUCGCACGACGGAAGGAUCUGCCGGACUGGGCCGCGAAAAGUCGGCCUUCACUGCUUUCAGGCGAGCAUUACCCGGUUUCGGUCGUACCGUCUGUGAGUGGAGUGCCCUUGUAUUGGAUCACACCAGUCUAUGACUAUGUCGUGUCCAACUUCAUCAGGAAGGAGGGAACCUAUGAGCCCAUGGAGCUUGAAGUGUUUCGAAAUCUGGUGAAGGAGGGCGACGUGGUGUGCGACAUGGGCUCGCACGUGGGGAGCUACUCCAUCCCGCUCGCAUUCCACGUUGGUCCAGGCGGCCGUGUCCAUGCCUUCGAGCCAUUUCGGGUGGUGUUCCAGCUGCUAACAGGGAAUGCUGCCAUCAACGGCCUGGCGAAUUUCCACACCUACAAUGUAGCCCUUGGUGAGAAAUCAGAGGUGUUGCGGGUUCAGAGCCCUGCGCUGAGGCGCUCGAGCAACAUAGGUGCUACAAGCGUUUACCAUCAGGCCAAGCCAGUCUACGGUGAAAACCACGUAUUGCAGUACGAGGGUGAGGAACAGGUGAAGGUUGAGACCCUGGACUCCUUCCAGAUAGAGCAAGUGCAUUUCAUGAAGAUUGAUGUAGAGGGGGCCUUGGACAAAGUGCUGCGCGGUGGUCAGCAGACCAUUGAGAGAAGUCGACCGCUGAUCGCAUGCGAGCAUGGUGAGCCAACGGCUCCGGAGAUCUUAGUCGCUUGGGGCUAUCGCUGCUUGCUCGUCCUGCCAGUGCACGACCUAUGGGUUUGUGUACCGGAAGAGAAAUGGUGGCGCUAUCGCUGGCUUGAGGCCACGGACUUUGGGUAUGGCCCCGCUGCGGAAGCUGCGGAGUCUGAAAGGACUGAGAGGGCUCCAGAACCUCAAGAAGUUCGGAGGAGCACCGAUCCACCGAAGCUGUUCCAAGAGGGCGAGAGCCUCUAA